AUGAGUAGUCAAGAUGUGAUUGUUUUAAAUGUGGGUGGACUUACAUUUACAACAAGGCCUUCUACACUACAAAGGUUCCCUGCGUCAAGAUUGGCAAGGAUGUUGAAUGGCAAUGACCCCGAAUUCAAAUUACUAAAUGGCCAGUAUUUUGUGGACCGUGAUGGAGUUCUGUUCAGCUAUAUUUUGGAUAGUUUAAGAACGCUCCAGCUUGUCCUACCUAGUGACUUCUCAGACUACAAAAGACUGCAGAGAGAAGCUGACUUCUACGAACUGUAUUCUGUGGCUGAUCUCCUACAUCAGGAAAAUUUGCUGAAACCCAAGCCAGAGAUCUUAGAAAUAAGAUUCUUGCUUCAAGAAAUGCAGAGCUUUUUCCGUAUAUUUGGUUCCUGCAGUAUUACUAUUGGCGAGCUGGCUGACCGGAUCACUACCUUUGCAGAACACUUUGUAGGAAUUAGCUGGAAAAGUCAUCAUGUCCCUUCUCAGCAGUCACUGACUUCCCUUUCUUUGGAGAGGCCUUCUCAUCAUGAUCUUGUCUUCCAGUGUGGCAUUACCUACAGUGAUCAAUCCAUAGCAAGAUAUGUUUCUAUAAAACCAGAUAAGAGGAAACUGUUUAAUGGAGCUAAUGUUCUUGGCCUACUGGUUGAUACCUUACUCAAAGAAGGAUUUCGCUUACUAAGCACUAGGACAGUCUCAGCAGAGGAAAAAAUUGAAUGUUAUUGUUUUGAAAGAAUGAGACCACCAGAUGUCUUUACCAUCGAUAUCACACAAACACAGAGAGCUACUACUGUGCCAUCAUCAAAACAAAUCCAGAUGAACAAGUUCAAAUGA